AUGAUAUGGAGGGGAUUGGAACACCUGAAUCACAUGAUAUGGAGGGGAUUGGAACACCUGAAUCACAUGAUAUGGAGGGGAUUGGAACACCUGAAUCACAUGAUAUGGAGGGGAUUGGAACACCUGAAUCCCAUGAUUGGGAGGGGAUUGGAACACCUGAAUCCCAUGAUUGGGAGGGGAUUGGAACACCUGAAUCACAUGAUAUGGAGGGGAUUGGAACACCUGAAUCACAUGAUAUGGAGGGGAUUGGAACACCUGAAUCACAUGAUAUGGAGGGGAAUGGAACACCUGAAUCACAUGAUAUGGAGGGGAUUGGAACACCUGAAUCACAUGAUUUGGAGGGGAUUGGAACACCUGAAUCACAUGAUAUGGAGGGGAAUGGAACACCUGAAUCACAUGAUAUGGAGGGGAAUGGAACACCUGAAUCACAUGAUAUGGAGGGGAUUGGAACACCUGAAUCACAUGAUAUGGAGGGGAUUGGAACACCUGAAUCACAUGAUAUGGAGGGAAUUGGAACACCUGAAUCACAUGAUUGGGAGGGGA